ACCACUUGGCCACAUGGACCAUCUUAGACUUAUUCUCCUACUCUUCCUGUUCCUACCCACCUGCUUCUCUUUCACGUUUGAAACUCCUUCAAUCAAUGAGUUUACCAAUCAAAGUUCUUCUUCUUUGAAGCAGAAGAUUCUGGAGCUAGCUAACAGUCCUAGCACGGUGAAAUGGAUGAAGAGAAUAAGGAGGGAAAUCCAUGAAUAUCCAGAACUUGCGAAUGAGGAGUUCAGGACAAGUGCUCUCAUCAGGCGUGAGCUUGACCAGUUGGGUGUUGCUUACAACUGGCCUGUGGCUGGGACUGGUGUGGUUGCCAAACUUGGUUCUGGGUCUCCUCCUUUUGUUGCUCUUAGAGCAGACAUGGAUGCUUUGCCAAUUCAGGAAAGGGUUGAUUGGGAGCAUAAGAGCAAAGUAGAUGGAAAAAUGCAUGCUUGUGCACACGAUGCACAUGUUGCCAUGCUACUUGGGGCAACAAAGAUACUGCAAGAAAUGAAGGACAUGUUACAGACUACUGUUGUUCUAAUAUUCCAACCAGCAGAGGAAAGAGGCACAGGAGCAAAAGAAAUGAUCCAAGAAAAGGUGCUUGAAGAUGUUGGGGCUAUUCUUGGGUUGCACUUGGGGCCAGAGUACGAAACGGGUGUUGUUGCAUCACGGCCAGGGGAGUUUUUAGCUGGAUGUGGAGGCUUCAAAGCAAAAAUCAGUGGAAAACGGGGUUUAGCAGGAGUUCCCCAGCAUUGUUAUGAUCCAGUUUUGGCUGCUUCAACAUCAGUUAUUAGCUUGCAAAACAUUGUUUCAAGGGAGGUUGAUCCUUUGGAUUCUCAGGUGCUUUCUGUGGCCAUGAUCAAUGCAGGGUUUGCUCACGACAUCAUCCCUGAUUCAGCUACAUUUGGAGGUACGUAUAGAGCAUUCAGCAAAAAGAGCUUCUAUGGACUGAGGAAAAGGAUAGAAGAGGUUGUGAAAGGGCAGGCAGAAGUACAUAGGUGCCAUGCUGAGGUUGAGUUCUUAGGUAAUGAACAUCCCACAAUCCCUCCAACCAAAAAUGAUGUAAGAAUAUACGAACUAGCACAGCAAGUCUCUAGUAAGAUUGUUGGAGAAGAUAACAUAGAAUUAGCUCCCCUCUUCACUGGGAGUGAAGAUUUUGCAUUUUACUUGGAAAAAGUACCAGGCACAUUCCUUCUUCUGGGUACACGAAAUGAGAAGACUGGAUCCACAUAUCCUGCUCAUAGUCCUUACUUUUUCAUUGAUGAAGAUGUUCUUCCCAUUGGGGCUGCGAUACAUGCAGCUUUUGCUCUUUCAUACCACUCUUAUUCAACAAACUCAUACUCCUUCUAAUUCAACACAUUCUUUGUCAUAAGUAGCAGUCAGGGAACAUUUUUUUUGUCUGCUUAAUGCAUAUUGAAUUUGCUUUACCAAUCUGCUAUUACAAAUACUCAACCACAACUAAAAUCCUAAGAUUUUCAUUGUUUUACAUCCUU